CGUCAUAACAAGAGAAGAGUGCAUCGCUCUUGGCCGGCAGUUUUCCGGGGUUUCCUGUGGUAUUUUCGGGAUAAAGUGCGUGCGAGGAAGGACAGAGCUGCUCCGCAGACAUGGCUAAUCAGUAUCCGGGUGGUUUCGGGAACCAGAACCGCGGGAACUUCGGGAAUCAGAUGGUUCCUAUGAGCAUGGCGGGCGGAGUGGGUCCCGGCGGCACGGCCAACGGGGCGGGCGGCCAGAUGGGCGGCAUGAUGUACAGCCAGGGCAUGAUGCAGAGUCCGCAGCAGCAGCAGAUCCCCACCACGGCCGUGAGCAUGGGUGCCGCCGCGAACCCGGCGAUGGGCAUGCAAGCGGGCCCGGGAAUGCAGAGUCCGUCGCACGUGAGCCAGCAGCAGGGCGUGCAGCAGGCCGCCAUGCAGCAGCAAGUGGCCACGCAGCAGCAGGCACAGAACGCCAUGAACCCCACCGCCACCUCGGGCGCCGGGAGUGGCACAAUGAUGAGCCAGGGCUCUGCUCCCGGCCAGGGGCAGUUCAACAUCGUGAGUCUGUGCAAGUUCGGCCAGGAGACAGUGCAGGACAUCGUGAGUCGCUUCCAGGAGGUCUUCCAGGCGCUGCGGGUGUCGACGCCGCCCAACGGCACCACAGCCGGCAGCACUGAGAAGAAAGUGCAGGAGCAAUUCCGAACGAUCCGGCUCCUCUUCAAGCGCGUCCGCAUCCUCUACGACAAGUGCAACGACAGCUGCCAGCAGGGGAUGGAGUACACGCAUGUGGAGAGCCUGAUUCCGCUCAAGGACGAACCGGACCACAAGCCGCAAGUGGCGCAGAGCGAGGAGUACCAGAAGGCGCUGCAGGACAACCGCGAGCUGCUCGAGACGGUGAUGCUGAAGAACAAGCAGCUGCGCGAGGUGAUCGACAGAAUCCGCAUCAUCAUCUGGGAGAUCAACACGAUGCUCAGCAUGAGGAAGUCAUAGACGUUGCCGAAGGCGAGGCUCUGGGCGCACUGAGUAAUCGACGAGGAGGAGUUCGACUGCUGAUAAGACUCGAUGGUCAGUGAAGGGGUUCCUCAGUCCGCAAUUCCACUGCAGAGACAACAGGUGACUAGAGAAAUUCAAGUUCUAUUUAUUUUAAUGCGAUCUAAAGCAGAAUCUUCACUUUGCAAAUACAAUUAUUGAAUAAAAUACAAGAG